AAAGACGUUAAUACGAUUUGCGUAAAAAAAAAAAUCAUUGAAAGUCUCAGCAAUAAUGUCGUCUCUUCAACUAAAGUUGGUUUCUCUUCUAGUUCAAGAGCAUUUCGGAGAUGUUGUGGAGAAAAUUUGCACACAUCUCCUUAAAAAUGGAUCGAAUAAUUUCCGGAGUGUAGUGUCUACCGUAAAGGAAAAGCCAGAACAGGUAAAAAAGGCGUUAUGUGUCUUAAUCCAGCAUAACAUUGUGAAAUAUGGCUUGAACAAGCGUGGUAUGGUGGAGUACACAGCUGACGUUGAGAAGGCUCUACUGCUCGUUCGUUACCCACGCUACAUCUACAGUGCCAAGACUCUCUAUGGUGACAUUGGAGAGCUGAUUGUAGAGGAGGUGUUGCAUCAUGGGGAGAUACUCAUGAGCAAUGUCGUUGAAAAGGUCAAGGUCAGGUUGAAAGAAGCAAUGGAAGGAAAUCAGCUGGAACCCUCAGCAAUCAAAGAUAAGUUCAUUGACCUUGUCAAUACACACUUCUUGCAAAGGUUACCAUCAUGGAGUGCUGAAGAUGAUGAAGAGAGCAAAGUAAUUCCUCUUAUUCCUCACCUUUCUGUCUCCGAUGCUGACCUGUAUAGGAUACCAGAGACUGCAGGAGUAACAGGAAAAAGGAAGAGGCCUUUGAAUGAUGGUGGAAGAAGUAGCAAGAGAGCCAGGAGUUCUUCUGUAGGAUCAGAACCAGAUCAAGAGGUGCCUCUUGAUGAUGGAAUCUACUGGAAAGUGAAUUUUGAACGUUUUCAUCGUUAUUUCAGAGAUCAAGAUAUCAUCUCGGCUAUAACACAGAGAAUAGACAAGUCUGCUGGAGAUGUGGUUGCUACCAUGCUGAGAAUGAGUGAACUGACUACAGACUUUAUGGCGCGGGAAACUAAGCCUCUCUCGUUCCAUGAUAUUGCAAGACAGAUGCCUAAGAAACUGGAAAACAGGCAGCUAGAACAAUACAUGAAACUAUUGCUUGAUGACCAGACGAUGAUAGUAAAGAAGUAUGGAGAUGCAGGCGGUGGAAUGUAUGAGAUAGACUUGGAGCAGGCUUCUCGGGUCAUUUGUACAGCAAACAUAGAGUCUGUGGUCCAGGAGAGAUUCGGCUCCAAGAGCUUCCGCAUCUUCAAGACACUUCUCAAGAAGAAAUAUUUGGAGCAAAAGCAGAUUGAAAACUUUGCUUUAAUUCCUGCCAAAGAAGCCAAGGAGCUUGUGUAUCAGAUGUUUGCUGAGAAUUUUAUAACCGUUCAAGAGAUUCCUCGUACGCCUGAUCACGCCCCGUCAAGGACCUUCUACCUCUUCACCGUUGAGCUUGGUCAGGUGACCUUUAUGCUGGCAGAGAGGUGUUAUAAGUCCUUGAUCAACCUCAUGACAAGACGCCAUUUUGAAUCGGCUGAAAACAAACGAUUGAUUGAGAAGGAGCAGAAGGUGGAGGCCAUCACAGCCUCCAUGCAAGGAUCAGGAGCAGAACCUGCUCAGCUAGAAGAGAUCGAGAAGACGAUGACACAGCUAGAGAAAGAACAACUCCAGAAAUACAAAGGAAGGAUAGCUAAGUUAGAACAGAGUGAAUUGCAGACGGAUAAAACAGUCUUUGUCCUUAACUCUUUCAUACUUCAAGAAGCAGAAGGGAGAUUAUAACAGGACAUCUUAUAUGAACUUCUAUGAGUUCCUUCAUAUACCGAGAUGCAAGAGGAAGAUUAUAACAGGACAUCAUAUGCGAACUCCUAUGAAUUCCACCAUAUACCAAGAAGCAAUGGGAAGGUUAUAACAGGACAUCAUAUGUGAACUCCUAUGAAUCCCACCAUAUACCAAGAAGCAAUGGGAAGGUUAUAACAGGACAUCAUAUGUGAACUCCUAUGAAUCCCACCAUAUACCAAGAAGCAAUGGGAAGGUUAUAACAGGACAUCAUAUGUGAACUCCUAUGAAUUCCACCAUAUACCAAGAAGCAAUGGGAAGGUUAUAACAGGACAUCAUAUGUGAACUCCUAUGAAGUGAAUUCCUCGAUAUAUCAAGAUGCAAGAGGAAGAACAUAAGGGCACGUUCACAUAUGCUGUGGCAAACGGCCCCAGUUUAACCACAGCAAUUUUCGUGUAUGAAAUGAGUGAAAAGUGAGGAUGGAAAAAGCUGCCACACACAACAAAGGUCCUAUGCACACUAACUUAUUUGAGUGGAAUAAGAAAUUUGAAGUGCAAUACUUUUGAUGACACUUAUAAAACAGUGAUUUCCAAUUCUUUUUUCACAUAAAAAACAGAGGAGUGAUUUGGGAAUGAUUAUAAUAUUUUUGUUUUAGAUAUCCAGUAAGGUCUGACCCAGGGCUCAUUGCAUAAAACUUACCAUUGAUGGCAAACUGGCCAUCAAUUUUUUAACUACCAUGGCAACAUCACUCAACAGCCGCUCAAAUCAAGGCUCCCAUGGAAGUUACCAUCAUUAGUAAGUUUUAUGCAAUGGGGUCUUUAUUCAACAUUAUGCCCAUAUAAAAAAAUACACUAUAAUACUUUGGGAAAGAGUGAUGCAAGUAUCAUCUUGACAAAUGUGUGUUUUUUAGACAAACUGUAAAAGUGAAAGGUUUAAGAGGUUCCAAUCACCCUUUCCAAAAGAAAUGUUCAUACCGAAAUGUAUCUCCUAAAACCUUUACUAGACAUUGAGAUCUUAAAAGAUAAAAGAGUGUUAAUGCGAUAACACACUUUACCACCUCUGUGUGGGUGGGUUAUGAAAGAAAUUGUGAUAGGAUUAGAUUCAACAUUAUGUUAAACCUGAUCUACAGGUAGGUCUCUGAGAUGAACAUCAUAAUAAACGAUGUCAUUCACAAUGCAGUGAA